AUGAGCAGCGUGAAGGCCACAAAGCCGGAUGCUUUCAAGGAGCGGCUGGCAAUGUGGCAGGAUUUGCUGCGCGAGAAGACCCAGAAUCUCGCGAAGGCCGUCGAUGAGUGGGCUGCUCGACGAGACCUGCGCGCUUCCUUCUCUUUUCGUGGUUUUCUGGGCGAGAGCGUCCUGAAUCCUGUGGCGGAUGCCUACGAGCUUCUUGUACGUCUGAGGCAGCUCACUAGCCGCAUCAAAGUCCUGCACAUGGCCGGGUCGGUCUCUCGACCUGCGGAUCUCACUCCCAAGGCCCCGCUGUUCGUGGGUGGUGCAACAAGCCUUUGCCUGCAUGUGCUGCGGAAGCUGGGCGUGACGCACAUCCUCAACUGCACCGAAGAUCUCCCAGCCCCCAGCGAGGAGGAGUUGGGAGAUCUCAAGUGGCGGCGGCUGGCCCUCCCCGACCACGAAAACCAGGACCUGUCAGAGACCCUGAAAUCCGCAUUGCAGGUCAUUGCAGAGGCAGAAGAAGCUGGAGGAAAGGUUCUUGUCCACUGCCACGAAGGCAAGAGUCGGUCAGUGUCCGUUUGCCUGGCCUAUUUGAUCUUCAGGCAGACGCCUCUCGCCGAUGCGCUUAUGUAUGUGAAGUCCAAGCGCCCGAUCGCCCGCCCGAACGCAGGAUUCUUGAGGCAGCUGAUGGCCUUCGAGUUGGAAGCCCUGGGAACGAACUCGACGUUGCCAGAAGAGCUGUUGAAAGGGAAGCCGGUUCUCAGCUCCCGAGUCGGUCGAGGCUCCUGA